AUGGCAACCAUCGAAGAGUCCUUCCAAGCCGCCAUCGACUCCAAAAAGAUCAACGGUGCUGUCGUAUGCACCAGAAACAAAAAUGGAACAUUCACCUACAACAAAGCCAUGGGCCAACGCACCCUGCUUUCUGGCGAACAGAAACCCCAAGAAUUAAACGACAUGCUAUACCUAGCCAGCGCAACAAAAAUCAUAACCACCAUCGCAGCAAUGCAAUGCGUCGAAGAGGGCACAUUGACUCUAGACGACGACAUCUCGCCCAUCUGCCCAGAACUCGGAUCCAAACAAGUGCUUACAGGAUUCACGGACGACGAAGCCAAAACCCCCAUCCUGGAAGCGACGAACCGCCCAAUUACACUGCGGAUGCUACUUAGCCACAGUGCAGGCGUGACAUACCACUUCCUGGACCCGAAGAUCGGAGCAUGGCGCGAGAGAUUUGGUGUGGCCGACGAAGCCCCGCAGAAGAAUGUUGAAGACACUUUCUCGUAUCCGCUCAGUUUCCAGCCUGGCGAGGGUUGGAUGUAUGGCUCGGGUCAUGAUUGGGCUGGGCGGAUUGUCGAGCGUGUUACUGGACAGACAUUGGGUGAACGGAUGCAGGAGCGGGUGUUUACGCCAUUGGGGUUUUCGGAUGCGCAGUUUUAUCCUGUGAGUCGUGAGGAUCUGCGGGAGAGACUUGUUGAUCUGAAUCCGGAUGAUGUUGAGGGUCUUGGGCGGGCGGUUCUUGGGGGUGGGGGUGAUAUCAAUAAACGGUCAAAAGGGCAUUUUGGGGGACAUGGGUUGUUUAUGACUGGGCCUGAUUUCCUGAAGAUUUUGGGGUCUUUGUUGGAUGGGGACGAGGUUUUGUUGAAACGGGGUACUGUUGAUGGGAUGUUCGUGCAGCAGCUUGGCGAGCAGGCUGAGAAGAGCCAUUUGGAGAAAUUAGAUGGUCCUAUUGGGCCUAUGUUCCGAAUUGGGGUCGAGCCUGGGGUCAGGGUUGGCUAUGGGCUGAGUGGGCUGUUGACUCUUGAGGAUAUUGAUGGGUGGCAAGGGGAAGGGAGUUUGAGUUGGGGAGGAGGGUUGACAUUGACUUGGUUUGUUGAUCGGAAGAAUGGGCUUUGUGGUGUUGGGGCAGUUCAGUCUGCUUUGCCUGUUGAUGGGGGACUGGUUGCUGAGUUGAAGCAGGUGUUCCGGAAAGAUGUUUACCAUAAAUUUGCUGAGUGGAAGCAACAGUCUUGA